AUGCGCCGCCACGCUCACGAUCCCGCCGCUUUCUUCCGCGGCGCACGAUGCUUCUCCUCACCCUCCUCCUCGGUAACGCCACGCCCUGCACACUACGCAACCGUUCGCAAGCUUCCCACGCUCGUACCGAACACAAAACGCCCUCUCUCCACCAGCACACCCCGACCCGCCACCGCCGCCGUCCUCAACCCCCGCGUCGAUGACGAAGGCAACAACAUGACCAUCACCAUCUCCGAAAACGCCGCCAAGCGGCUGAAGCAGAUCACCUCAACGCCGCAGAAACGCAACACGCUCGCGAAAUCGCAGGUGGCGCCGGACUCGCACCUGCGCGUCACGGUUACGUCCGGCGGCUGCCACGGCUUUCAGUACAUGAUGUCGCUGGAGCCGGCGGACAAGAUCGACCCUGCAGAAGACACGGUGUUUGCGGUGGAUGUGGGUGGCGAUAUGGGUGAGGCGGGCAAGGCGGAGGUGGUGAUGGACGAGCCGUCGCUGGAGCUGUUGACGGGGAGUACGGUGGAUUUCGUAACGGAGCUGAUUGGAAGUCAAUUCAAGAUUGUGGGGAACCCGAAGGCGUCGAGUAGUUGUGGGUGUGGCACGAGUUUUGAUAUUCAGUGA